AUGACUACCUUCCGAGCCCCUUCGAUAGUGCAGGACACUGGACCUCUCCUUGCUGGUCAGGGACCCCCAUCUCUACCACCCCCUCUUGUACCUCGCCCUCGCAAACCUGGUGUUUGCCCAUCAUCUCACCUGCCCCUACGCCCUUCGCCAACUCAACCUCAGCCAGUUCUGGGGAAGAGUUCAGCUCACCAAUCGCCACCUUCGCCUUCGCUGGCUCAACCACCAGGAAGGAAUAUUUACACCCGUCAUUAUCGAUCUCACACUUUCCAACAAACUCCUUCCUCGAAGUUGCCGAAUGUGUCAAUGCGGCCAGCCUCGAAACACCACUACCAGAAAUGUGGUCCACCAAAGAUCACCGCAUCACGUCACCCAAAACCCAUAACAUACCACCAUCCCUCACCAUUUCGUGCCGAAUUUCGGGACCUCUCUCCUGGAGCACGAGCGAAGUUACGUGUGCCCCAAAUGUGUGUUCCUUGCCCUGGGGGCACCUUCCCGUUACGAAAUCCUGUUCCCUCAGCUCCUGUUCCUGUCAAAACCACCACUUCCCCUCGUUCGCCUACCAUUCCCCGUACGGUUCGGAAUCACCAGCAUCUACCAUUGCCCAAACAUGUACGAUUUCAACGCCGGGAAUCUUUGGAUGCUCAACGAACCCUUUCCUAUCAAUACACUCACCAGUGGAGGAUAGAUGCGAUAGAGAGGGUGGCUUUGUGUGUUCGAGAAUUCGAGGAGAUGAUAGAGAAUCAACGGCAAGAGUUCCAAGACUGGCUCACCCAAGCUCAAGUUUUACUUCAAACAUUACCAUUCUGA